AUUCAAUAUGUAAAAUUCAUCGGCUUCCAUUUUUUGAUUCUUCAGUUUUCUUCAUCUUUAUAAUUCUCUGCAUCUUCUUCACCAAAAAGCUCGAAUACUUUUUUUUCUUUUUUCCAGAUUCUGAAUUUCAAAUUUGGUUUCUCUUUGAUGGAAGCACCAGAGAACGACUCCGUAGCGUUCGAGUCAGCUGAGAAGAUAAUUCUCCGGUGGGAUUCUACGGUGUCGGAAGAAGCUAGAGAGAAAAUGAUAUUUGACGGCGAUCGUCACGAGAUCAAUCGGUAUUUGCACGCCGUCGAUGAAAUCCAACGGUCAAUGGAGUCCACAACACUCUCCGACGACCAGGAUAAAGCUAAUAGUGCGAUCCAGAUCGCCAUGGCUCGGCUUGAGGAUGAGUUUCGCAGCAUACUUGUUGCUCACACAAAUGCAAUCGAGGCUGAUUCGUUAACUGACCCUAGUCCUUCUCCAGUCCACUCCGGCGAAUUCCAGGUGCCUGAAGAAGACUACCAUGAUACUCCUACCGACGAUGAUUCGUUCACCAAAGAGUUGGAACAUCAAGAGAGUAGCAGCAGCAGCUAUCGAUCUACUAGCAGCAUCCGCGAAGUUGAUCUCAUGCCGCCCGUAGCAAUAUAUGAUCUCCGGAGUAUCGCCGAGCGAAUGAUUUCCGCUGGAUAUCUCCGGGAGUGUAUUCAGGUCUACGGUAGUGUACGGAAGUCCGCUGUGGAGUCGAGCUUCCGCAAGCUUGGAAUAGAGAAACUCAGCAUCGGAGAUAUCCAGAGACUUGAUUGGGAAACUUUGGAAACAAAGAUCCGAAGAUGGAUACGAGCUGCCAAAGUAUGCGUUCGCAUACUCUUCGCUAGCGAGAAGAAACUCUGUGAGCAAAUCUUCGAGAGUUUGGGCACGGCGACUGAUGAUGCUUGCUUUAUGGAGACUAUUAAAGGACCAGCUAUACAGCUGUUCAAUUUCGCUGAAGCCAUUAGCAUUAGCCGGCGAUCGCCUGAGAAGUUGUUUAAGAUAUUGGAUCUUCAUGACGCUUUAUCGGAUUUAUUGCCUGAUGUUGAAAUUGUUUUCGAGUCAAAAUCUUCAGAAUCAAUUAGAGUUCAAGCAGUAGAGAUAUUGUCUAGGUUAGGGGAGGCUGCUAGAGGGAUACUGUCGGAAUUUGAGAAUGCUGUACUCCGUGAACCUUCGAAGGUCCCCGUUCCAGGAGGGACAAUUCAUCCCUUAACUAGGUAUGUCAUGAACUAUAUAAGUCUAAUUUCGGACUAUAAGAAGACAAUGGGUGAAUUGAUUGUUUCACAGCCAUCGACGGGAUCAAGGUAUUCAAGUGAUCCUAACACCCCUGAUAUGGACUUUGCGGACCUAGAAGGACUGACACCAUUAGCGCUUCAUUUGAUUUGGAUUAUUGUCAUUUUGCAGUUCAAUUUGGAAGGUAAGUCUAAGCACUAUAGAGAUACCUCUUUGGCUCAUUUAUUCAUGAUGAACAAUGUCCAUUAUAUUGUUCAUAAGACUAAAGGGUCACCUGAGUUGGGGGAAAUGAUUGUAGAUGAUUUCUUGAGAAAAUUAACGGGGAAAUUUAGACAAGCUGCUACCAGUUACCAGAGAGCAACCUGGGUGAGGGUUUUGCAUUGUUUGAGAGAUGAGGGACUACAUGUGAGUGGCAGUUUUUCAUCGGGUGUGUCCAAGAGUGCAUUGAGAGAGCGUUUCAAGACGUUCAACGCCUUGUUUGAAGAAGUGCACAGGACUCAGUCCACAUGGUUGAUACCAGAUACACAGCUCAGGGAGGAGCUGCGCAUUUCCAUAGCCGAAAAGUUGAUUCCUGCCUAUAGAUCAUUUCUUGGACGGUUCAGGAGCCAUAUAGAAAGCGGAAGGCAUCCAGAAAACUAUAUCAAGUAUACUGUGGAGGACCUAGAGAAUGCUGUCUUAGAUUUCUUUGAGGGGUACGCUGUGUCACAGCACUUGAGAAGAAGAUCUCAGUGAAAGAAUACUAGUUUCAACAGUUAGUACUUUAGGACAUUCUUUGAAUCUUUUUCAUGGAGUUAUUCAGGGGCUGAGGUUAUGGCAUUCUGGUGUUUCUCGAGUUUCUGCUUUCAUUUGUAGUAUUCCAGGGUGAUGGGCUGCUGAAAACUUCAGGAAGAUCAGCUGUAUCAAUCAAGAAGGGUCAGUGCCUCCUGCCUCUGGAUGCUCUGCCCUGCCUUCUGGUUGAAACACUGAAGUGUGCUGCAUCUGAUGGUCAGAACUUACAAGGUGUGCCUUCCAAUGUUACACAUCUUUUUGCUACCUCUCCACUCACCAUGUACUCCCUGUUUGUGUAUUCUCAAAUGUGGUAA